GUAAAUUCUGAAUGUCUGGAAGAAACCGGAUUCACCGAGACGUCCGAGACAGCUAUCAUGAUCACCGGCGUGAUUUGCCUCCGGAGAGACCUUUUCUCAGAGGCCCUCCUCCAUUGUUACAGCCUCCACCACCAUCUUUGUUAGAUGAUCUUCAUCAGGAAGUCGAAAUUAGAAGGCUUUUGAAUGAUAAUCACAGACUAGCUGAGGACCGAAUGGUUCUGGAGCGAGAACUCGGCUCUGCUAAGGAAGAGCUUCACCGUAUGAAUCUCAUGAUCUCUGAUCUUCGUGCUGAACAAGAUCUCCGGUCCAGGGAGUUCAGUGAGAAAAGGCAUAAACUUGAGGGGGAUGUUCGUGCUUUGGAGUCUUAUAAGAAGGAGGCUUCUCAGCUGCGUGCUGAGCUUCAGAAGCUUAAUGACGUUAAGCGUGGUUUAAGUGGAGAUGUUCAGAUUCUUAGGAAAGAUCUAGCUAAGUUGCAGUCUGAUAACAAGCAGAUUCCGGGUAUGAGAGCUGAGGUGAAAGAUCUUCAGAAGGAGCUUAUGCUUGCUAGAGAUACAAUAGACUAUGAAAAGAAGGAAAAGUUUGAGCUUAUGGAGCAGAGGCAGACAAUGGAAAAGAACAUGGUUUCUAUGGCGCGCGAAGUUGAAAAGUUACGAGCUGAACUUGCUACUGUUGAUAGUAGGCCGUGGGGUUUUGGUGGAUCAUAUGGGAUGAAUUACAACAAUAUGGAUAGCGCUUACCGUGGUUCUUAUGGCGAAAACGACAGUUUUUUGGGAUCUUCGGAAAGGAGUCAAUAUUACAGCCAUGGCUCUGGCUCACAGAAGAAACCUCGCUUGGAUCGUCAUUGAAAUCUAUAAAUGAUGUUGGGGAAAAAGAGUGAGGUGAACACUGAAUUUCCCACUUCGCAAUACUCCUCUGGUUGUUUUUGGGUAUGCAUCUAUCCUAAAUCGAAAUGUUAGUUAUUCUGCUGUCUCAAUAAGGCGUUAUGUUUAUGUAACUUAGAUGGUUUUUUUUAUUUUCAUUUUAGCCAAACUUAGAUGGCUAAUCUAUUUCAGUAAUUUGACGAUUGGUUUCUCCUGUUUGCUAUUAGUUGUGUCCUAUUAUCCUUCUUA